AUGUCUGUUCGAGUCGUCGCCCGGAUACGUCCACUCCUGGAGAAGGAGCUCGACAAGGACGUUAUUGUUCGUGCCGACAGCACCGAGGAGGGCAAGCAUCCCACCAUUGUCAAGAUUCCGAAUCCCAAGAAUGGCACCGAGGAGUUCUCCUUCGCCUUCAAUAGCGUCUACGACCAGUCGACGACGCAGGAGAAGUUGUUUACUGCCGAAGUCGCACCUCAUCUCAAGUCCCUCUUCCAGGGCCUCGACGUAACCAUCUUCGCCUACGGUGUCACCGGCACCGGCAAGACGCACACCAUGCGAGGCGGCCUGAAGCUCGCCGACCGAGGCGUCAUCCCGCGUCUUCUCAGCGGCGUCUUCCGACGCGGCAAGAAGAUCAUGAAGGACUCUAACGGCAAGACGCAAAUAAACGUCGACCUAUCGUACUACGAGAUCUACAACGACAAGGUCUUCGAUCUCCUAGAACCGCCCGAGAAAAGGCCACCCGCGGGUCUCCCUCUGCGCGAGAAGGACAGCAAGACGUAUGUCGUGGGGUUGACGGAGCGGCCGUGUGAAGACCUCAAGGACUUUGAGAGGCUGUACAUCGAGGCGAAUAAUAACCGCAUCACGGCUGCGACGAAGCUCAACGCUCAUAGUAGUAGGAGUCACGCGAUUCUCCGCGUCAAGCUUACCCAGAUCACGGGGAAUACUAUUCGCGAGAGCACGGCGUCUGCCAUUGACCUUGCCGGAUCGGAAGAUAAUCGUCGGACGGACAAUAACAGGGAACGGCUUGUAGAGUCGGCUGCCAUUAACAAGUCUCUGUUCGUCCUGAGCCAGUGCGUCGAUGCCAUCUCGAGGGGCGACAAGCGGAUUCCGUACCGAGAGUCGAAGAUGACUCGGAUUCUGUCUUUGGGUCAGAACAAUGGUAUCACCAUCAUGAUCCUUAACCUCGCUCCACUUCGAAGCUACCACCUCGAUACCUUGAGCAGUCUGAACGUUAGCUCCCGUGCGAAGCGAAUCGAAGUUCGAGAAAUCGAAAACGAAGUCGUCUUCAAGCAGGUGCCCCGGACUACGUCGGCUCUUUCGGGUGCAGGGAUUCAGCGACAGCCUCUGCGACCGCUCGCCAACGCCCACAACGUGCACAGUGGUGCCGUCGUGGCCAAGGCCGCUUCUUCUGAUUCCAAUAAGCCCACCAAGGCAUUUAGCGUGUACGCCGAUCGAUCCAAGCCCUCGCUUGCGACGCGGCCAAUCGCCAACACCUCGCAGAUCCGGAGGUCCAACUCCACCAAGCGCAAGUCCGAGACGGGGGUGCCGGUGCCAACUCACCGUCUUGCUCCUCCUACCAAGAUCGCUCGUCCUCCCACGCAGGCCUCCUUGCAUCCCAACCCGGCGAGCAUUACUGAGAAGGAUAUUGAGGCCAUGGUGGAGAAGAAGGUGAGCGAGAUCUUGGCCUCGAGGGCCGCUGCGGCACAGAAUGCUGCGCCCGCACCGGCACCGGUGCAGCCCGAUAUCAACGAGGCGGUGCAGCGUCGACUCGAAGCGCUUGAGCGGAGGAUUGACGAGGAGGACCGUCGCGAAGACGGGCGCUCGGAUGGACUGAGGUAUCUGCUUGCUGCGCGCCAGAGCAAGGAACGGGGGGAUGAUGCCGCUGCACUUAAGAUGUACGAGAUGGCACUCCCGUUCUUCCCUGGCCAGGCGAAGCUCCUGAGCAAGAUCGAGAGGUUACGCUCCAAGCUGGGUCUCCAGCAGGAAGCGUCGUCCAAGGUCCAAGAGGCCAAGGCGGAAAAGAAGAAGCGGAGGCGAGUGGACGACGAUGACUACGAGGCGGCCGAAGCGGAUGACGACGUAAGCUUCAUGGACCGAUCAUCUCCCAAGCCCAAGAGCAGGAAGAAGAAGGCCGUCAAGGUUGCGUCCGUUGAGGAGGAAGGCCCAGUAACUCCGAGGGCGCAACAUUUGCUGGACAUCAUCAACUCGCGGGAUCUCAUGCAGAUCAAGAGCCUAAACGGGUUUGGGCCGAAGAAGGCGAGGGAUCUCGUCGACUACCUCGAGUUGUUGCCGGAGAAUGACGGUGCGAAGAUUGCCUCGCUGGGGCAGCUGAGAGCGGUGCCUGGCAUGGGUGGCAAGAUGGUUGAGAGGGCUUAUGAGGGUCUUGGAGUCGCGCUUUGA